AUGAACGGCUCACGUGCCCGCCGCUACGACCGCGCCCUGGCGCUGAUCGUGCGCCACGGCUGGUGGGACCGCCUCCUCGCCCUCGUGCGCGCCCUCUCGCGCGACCGCGACGCCCCGCUGCUGGCGCAGUGCGCGGCCGCGCUGCGCAAGGCGGGGCAGUAUGGGGCGGCCAAGGAGGCCCUCCUCAAGCUGGACGACCAGGCGGGACUCGCUGACCUGGCGGUGGCGGCGGGGCGCUGGGAGGACGCCGCACUGCUGGCGGUGGCGCGCCCGGAGCUGGCGCCGCGGGUGCACCUGCCGCACGCGGCGUGGCUUGCGGCGCGGGACAGGUUUGAUGAUGCGCGCGCCGCGUACCGCAGCGGCGGCCGCCCCGACCUGGCGCAGCGGCUGCUGGAGGGGCUGGCGGAGGCGGCAGUGCGGCAGCGGCGAUUCGGGGAUGCGGCACACACCCACUACCGCCUGGCCAUGGACGCACUGCAGGACGUCACCCACCCGCCCCACGCGCUGUCCCCCGCCGACGCCGACGCCCUGUCGCGCUUCUCGAGGCACUACGACACGUCCGAGGUGUACGCGGCCUACGAGGUUGUGGCGGAGGCGGCGGCGCGGCCCUUCAGGACAUCGGGAGACACCACCCUUUUCGGGGCUGCCAGAUUUUUGGCGGCGCGCUUGCUGCCUCGCGAGGCGCCCCCGCCCGGCGUGAGCCUGGCCACAGCCUUGCUGGCCCUGGCCAAGGGGGCUGUCGGGUUUGGCGCCUUCAAGCUGGCGCGGUUCGCCUACGGCAAGCUGCAGGCGGAUGUGGACCUGCAGUCUGUGAUCAUCAGGGGCCGCCCCUUUGCCGAUGCAGAGGAGCUGGCGCCGGCCUGCCACCGCUGCGGCGCAACCAACCCAAUUGGUGACGCCUGUGUGGCUUGUGGCGCGUCCUUCCAGUACUCCCCCCUGACGUGGGAUGUGCUGCCACUGGUGGAGUUUGAGCUGGAGGGCGGCAUCAGCGAUGACGAGGCACAGGCGCUGGUGGGGGAGGGUGCUGGGGACGUGGCGGGCCCGGCUGGCAGCAGCAGCCCGGCCAUGGACCAGGGCGGCGAUGGCGGCGGGGCCGGGGGCGCUGCCAACGUGCUGACGCUGGACGAGCGCCCCGGUCCUGCGGGGCGCGGCGGCGGAGGCGGCGGUGCCGGUGGUGUUGGUGGUGGCGCGGGAUCAGAGCUGGAGGAGACCUGGGCAGUGCAGGCCAUGGUGCCGCGCGCCCCCAUCCGUCUCGACCGCGCCGCCCUGCGGCGCCUCCCUGCGGGCGAGGUCCUGGUGCGCCGCUGGCCGAGCCCCCACCUGCCAGCCCAGUGGUUCAGGCUGAUGGACCCUGACGCCGCCGUGGUGGUGGGGCCCUGCGGCCACUUUUUCGAGGCGGACGAAUUUGAGAUGGCGCUGCUGGAGAAGGGCCAUGCGCCGUUUUCACGGGAGCGGCCGCCGGUUGAGGAUGACACCGGCGGCCGCAGCGGCGGCGGCACGGCAGACAGUGUGCCAUUUGGGAAGCAGGGGGAAAGGCGAUGA